AUGUCAACCAGACGUGCCCGAUUAUAUUGGUACCGCCAAGACACUAGUUGGGUAAAUCUUGACCUCGUGCUGGGAUUCGUCCAACUGAACUACGCAGUGAAACCGUCGGCGCUUCAGACGGCGAACGACUGUUGUUAUCAGUAUGAAGGCCCUUUGGGUCUCAUCGACCGCCGGAAGCCAUGUAGAGCUGUCCCGACUAAGUCCUCUCCCUCGUCAAUCACCCCCACCGAUUCCUGUGGGCGUGCACGAGUAUACAACCAAUCUUUGGAACUGCAAUGGUCCCCAGGAAAAGGUUGA